AUUCAAACUUCAUUCAUACCCAGGUACUCUUACAUUUCAUCUACCAAAUCCAAGGCCAUCACCACUUACACCGACAAAAUGCGAGUCUUCACUUCUCUCUUAUCCUCCCUCACCCUGCUUAGCUUGGCAGGAGCCAAUCCCCUACUCGAGAACGACCAGAACAACGGCCCAACCAAGACUGACGUCUCGCUCUGCUGCUGCUGUCUCAAGGACUCUUCGCCGGGCAUCAGGCCCGAUCCCAAUGAUACCGUGUGUCCUAGGGAGGCCAUAGAGGACGUGUGCGGGAAUGACUACCCUGCCAAUUCGAGAUACACGCUUGGGGGUCUGGAGGGGAACCCCGAGGCGAUAGAGAAGGAAUGCUCGAGGGUCAGGUGCCGGCCCAUCAAGAUCGAGGAAUAGAUUGCCUACUGCCAUCGACCUUGGGCCGUUUUAAACGCGAACGGCAUUCCGGUAUAAGGAUCACAACUCGCGCCUUUUGAUUACUCGACGCUGCUGGGGAAGUUGUUCGCGAUCUAGACUUCCGUCGCUGGGUUGGAUUAUAUUAACUACCACGUUCUUGUGGUUAUCCACAAAUGCUGUUGCGCCUAGCUGUCGUUUCAGGGGUGUGAAUGCUCGGGGUCUCGGGAGGAGGACUAUAUAGAUACUAAGUUGUCAAACAAAAAAAAGGCGUGCGAAUGAAUGAAAACAGUUAUACACCUA